AUGGCCGUUUCUUCAAGAAUUCAAUAUACUUUCACCCUCUUCUUCGUUGCAUCAUUGGCAGUUUUUGACAUUUCAAUGGCAGGACCAGAUUUUGAUGCAAUACUCGUCUCAAAACCCCCUGUUGGUCCGACCACUUGCCCUGUGUCCGCAGAUCAAUGUGGAAGUGAAUGCAAUAGGAGAUGUUCAGCAACAUCUCACCAGGAGAGCUGUUUGGAGUUCUGCAACAUGUGCUGUGACUGGUGCCAUUGUGUCCCACCUGGUACUUAUGGAAACAAGGAAUGUUGUUCCUGCUAUAACGAUUGGAAGACCGAAGAAGGAGGACCUAAAUGUCCUUGA